GUCAAAAAAUUCAACACACCAGCAGUGUGAGGAGACCUGAAAGUGGCACAUGGCAUGGCAGAGUGUGGCGAUGGAGACAGCAGCAAUGGGAGGCCGUACAGGGACCCAUGAGAGACUUUGGACUUGGCAGCAGCAUGAGGAGGCGGUAUAUAGGGGCCCAUGGCAGAUUAGGGGCCUGGCAGCAGCUAUGGGAGGCCCGUAAUCUGCCAGCACCCUAUGUCAAAAAAUUCAACACACCAGCAGUGUGAGGAGACCUGAAAGUGGCACACAUGGCAUGAGAGACUGUGGACCUGGCAGCAGCAUGAGGAGGCGGUAUAGGGGCCCAUGGCAGAUUAGGGGCCUGGCAGCAGCUAUG